AUGACGACCUUCGAUUCGGUAGUGAAGAAAAUGGCUCAUCUUUCCAAAUUCUUGGCCCGAAAGGAUCCCAAAGAUCGUUUGCUGAAGUCUUGCUUCAGUGGCCCUAUAACACAGCAUUUGCAGCAGAAGGAGAUCAAAGCCUUCCAAGUGAAGUUGAACACCUCCCGACGGGGUUCCAUAGCAGUUUGUGUUUCAGAGUUGCUAAAAGUAGAAGCCGCUCUCCGGUAUGCGUGGGAUUCAGAGAAAUACGGCAGCUCGCGGCCUGGCGAUGCUGCAGCUCAACAUGGCAGCAGCGUGGACCUUUCGAUCGUCAAUGAUGCAAUCUCGGACCCCGAUUUCUGGGGAAACUUGCACAUGCUUGAAAGCUUGGCCAGAGUGAUUCAGGGUUGCCUGACAUGGAUCGAAGGCUGCCCGUGCCAUUGGGAAUUGUGGGAUAUCAAAGACCUCGAAUUUCCAAAAGAUGUUCAAGCUGUGUGGAGGGCUUGCCCUGUUCGUGGAUGCCGGGCACCAGAAAUCGCUGAAGGUGCUUUAAAGCGACUCUUGCUAGAUCUUAGCAAUAAGAGGGCCUCUGAGCUGCUGACGACCCUACCACGAGAACUGAGUCCAGAGUCACGGGCACUGUUGCUGCAAGAGUUUGAACGUGCCAGGUCGCACUUGGUUUUCAUUGUGAAUCUGCGGCUGGACCACUUGAGGAAGCCUCCCUGGUGUGUUUUCGGCUGUGCCCAUCCUUCUGCAAAUGUCCGGAAAAGGUUUCUCCGGACCUGUCUGCAGAUUCCUGCAGACACACCACUUGUUGCAGAGCUACAAGAGCGAAGCAUGCGUGAACAAGUAUUGCAAUUCUUGGAUGACGAAGCAGACCUGGAUGCCUUGCCGCUGCUAGCCAAGUUCCUAGGCCGUCUGUAUUUUUGCCCAGUGGCCGAGAGAGCCGUGGAGGGCGAUCACGCCCAGGUCCACAAGAAGAUCGCCUUGGCUCGCAACCACACCGCUGCGUACGUGAGCCUGGCCCGCAGGAUGAGAUCCAUUCGAGAUGCGAUUGCAGCCGAUCCGAACAUGCUUGACACUUUGGCCGGGUAUCAUGACCAAGUUCACUCUGGGCCCAGGGCUUUGCAAGCGUUGGGAUUAGCCCAUCACCCUUCAGCUGCGUACAUAAAGCACUACAGGGACCCGAUGCAACUUAAAAUCAUUUACCAUUGUGACCCUGCGACUAUGUUUCAGCCAGCAUUGAAGAUAGUGUCUCCUGAUCCUCCAACGCAACCUCCGCAUGCAAAAGCUCUGCUCCCGCCCCCAGAUGAAGGGCAAUCGCAGGAUCCGCAGGCCAGUCAGCGACCGGAAAUGUUGCCGCUGCGUAGGAUAAUCGGAAAGAAGGCUGGGCCCGCUCUGAUGCCACCAGCUGCAGAUUCUACAGAUCAGGUUGCGGCUGCAGCUGAGACUUUGCAACUCGAAAGGCCAACAGCUUGCGAGCCCGACAGUGUGCUCAGGCAUUACAUUCUGCAGGCAAUGUCGGUCAUGCUUGAGGAGAACACUGGUGCCGUUGACAGUGCUUACUCUGUCCCUUUUGCUGAGGAAGCACUGCGCAGUCUUGGCUUUGUGUCUUUGGUGAAUUCUGAAAAGGACGAGAGUCGUGAGCGGUCACUGGACUUGAAUCGGAUGGCAAUGCGGGGGCACGUGUUCUUGCAGCUGGUUAGAAAGGCUUUAGGAAGAGUGGUGCUUCCGGAAGCAACCGGUCUGAAUCAACAUGAUUGGGCAGUGAAUUUCCUGGAGGUUCAGGGCGUGCACGAGAUAACAGAUGCAUCGUACGAGGUGAAUGUGGGUUCUUCGCCGAUUUGCCUUACAAGCCUGGAGCAGAAUCUAACCCCUGUGGUCUUGUCUCUAGAAGCUUUGCCUCUGGAGUCACUUCUGGGUUUGCGGUUAUGGAAGCAAAGGCCCAGGUUGCACUACAAGUUUGUCGCACCGGACAUGAACGCAGAUGAUGCAAAGCUGUAUGCAUCCACGGCUUGCGAGUCCUUGUUGCCGGAUCUCCUGGCAGGUGGACCUUUUUCUUUGCAGGGGCAAGAUUCCAUGUACCGGGACAAGUCCAAGUUGCUGGGCCUGCUGCUCAGUCAAGGCUUCGUUCUUAAAACGAACAUGGAGGUUGGUCCCUGA